UUUCGAUUUCGUUUCUCUGAUCAUCGAUUCUUUUUAUCUCUCUGUAGGUUUUAUGACUCGGAUAGUGUUUUGAAUGGUAGAAACAACUCCUAUUGCCAGAGAUUUUAUGCUCUCCCAUUGCAUAACCGCAAGGGCGAGCUUUCUAUUCCCUGUCUCCACCCCAUCUUGGUACUUCUGUUGCAUCGGUCUCGACCCUUGAAGAAUAAAAAAAAACUCCAUCAGAGUGUUAGAUUCCUUUGUUUUUUUGGUAUUUGUGAAAUUUUAUUAUAAAGAUGGUGUAUAACAAGCAGAAGAAAGCCCAUAAAUCUAAGAUAAACAAAUUCCUCGUUAGCAUCAGUUUCAUAGGAAGUGCUGGACCCAUUCGUUUUGUUGUCAAAGAAGAUGAAACUGUUUCACACGUGAUUGAGUAUGCUCUCAAAUGCUACGCCCGUGAAGGCAGGCUUCCACUUCUCGGAUCAGAUUCCAGCUAUUUCCUACUUUACUGUCCUUACUGUGCAGCUGAAGCAUUCAAUCCAUGUGGUAAAAUCGGGUCAAUCGGAUCGAGGAACUUCGUUUUGUCUAAGAAGUCAGAUGCUCAAAGCCUUGGAGACUCCGUGGGCACAACAACUAGGAAGAUCUCUGGGAGGUGGAAGGCUUGGCUCAACAAGUCUCUUGGCCUUAUGGAUCCUUCUCAUUAAUUAGAUCAUGCUUUUUAAAGCUUCUUUUUGAUUUUACAGUUUUAUUUUUGGUUCUUGUUUUCAGUGGAAUAACCGUCACAACACUUGUGCUUUCUUUCUUUUGCCACAAAAUAAUGGAUUGAGACUUGAUAGAGUAUUA